ACAAAUUUUGCCCAAGUUGAUGUAAUUGUGCGGAGCACCCGAUCAUCCCAACUUUGUCUCCAUUGAGAAAUUUGUGUCAAACAUUUCCCACCAAUCAACAUUAUUUUCAUUUAAUUAUACUACUUGCUGGGUGGAUGCUAACAUCUAUAAAAAUUAUUAGUCUCCGCGUGUAUUAAUUUUCAUUUUAGUCCUCCUCUUGCAAUAACCAAACACUGUUUUGCUUGAUUUCAGUUUGAACCAGCAAUGGCCGAAGCAAUUGCUUUCGACCUCACCGUAGAGCUUAUUACUAAAUUGAGCUCCUUUACUCUCUCUCAAAUUGGACUGUGGUGGAAUGUCAAAGAUGACCUCGACGACCUCAAAAGCACCGUCUCCACAAUCAAGGCUGUGCUUCUUGACGCAGAAGAGCGAUCUGUGACCAGCCAUCACGUCAAAGAUUGGCUUGAAAAGCUGAAAGAUGUACUUUAUGAUGCCGACGACUUGCUUGAUGAUUUCUCUACCGAAGCUUUCCGGAAAGAUCUAUUGGGUGGGAACAAGCUGACGAAAGAGGUACGCCUUUUCUUCUCAAGCUCAAACCAGUUUGCUUACAGUCUCAAAAUGGGUCGUCAAAUUAAGGCCAUUAAGGCGAGGCUAACUUUGAUCGGAAGUGAGGCCAAGAUGUUCAAUUUGGUAGAGCGUGACCGCCCCAUGGAAACCUCUUUAUGACCAAAAAGAGGCAUCAAACGCACUCUUUUAAAGAUAACAUUAUAGGGAGAGACGAUGAUAAAGCAGCUCUUUUAAAACUCAUGUUAGAGUUUGAAAGUGAAGAGAAUGUUUACAUCAUUCCAAUUGUGGGGUUAGGAGGGUUAGGGAAGACUGCUUUGGCGCAGUUUGUGUAUAAUGAUGAAAUGGUCAAAAAUCAUUUUGAGUUGAUGAUGUUUGUGUGCGUUUCAGAUGUUUUUGAUGUCAAAAUAAUUGUAGAAAACAUUAUCAAAUCUGCAACUGGCCAAGCACCAAAUCAAAAACUCGAAAUGGAUCAAUUGCAAAGCCAACUUCGAGGGAAAAUCGGUGGGAAAAAAUAUUUGCUUGUUUUGGAUGACAUUUGGAAUGAGGAGUGGGAAGAAUGGGUUAGUUUAAAAGAGUUGUUAGUAGGUGGGGCUAAAGGAAGUAGGAUAAUAGUAACUACUCGCUCUUUGAGAGUAGCAAAAAUUACCAGUAAAUGUCAGCCUUAUGUUCUGAAAGGCUUGUCUGAUGACGAUGCUUGGUCUUUGUUCAAAGAAAUAGCAUUUGAGCAAAGAUCUAUAAACCCAACCUUUGUGAAAAUAGGGAAACAGAUCUUGGAAAGGUGUGGUGGGGUUCCCUUGGUUAUUAGGACCAUAGCUGGUGCGUUAUCUUUCAAAGAAACUGAAAAGGAGUGGAGUUCUUUCAAAGAUAAUGAACUUGCUAGAAUAUCUCAAAACGAAGGUAAAAUUCUAGCUACACUUAAGUUGAGCUACGAUCAUCUCCCAUCCCAUUUGAAACAUUGCUUUGCUUAUUGCCGACUGUAUCCAAAAGAUCAUAAAAUUCAUGUACAAACUCUUGUUCAAUUUUGGAUUGCACAAGGUUUCGUAAAGCAAUUGAAUCCAAGUCAAUCUCUCGAGGAGAUCGGGUUUGUGUAUUUUAAAGAUUUAAACGAAAGAGGUUUCUUCCAAGAAGUAGGAGAAAGAUAUUCGUGGGAAGGACUAACAUGUAAAAUGCAUGAUUUAAUGCAUGAUCUAGCUGAAUCAGUAGCCGGGACGGAGAGUAGUAUUGUAGAUUCAAAUGAAAUUGCAAGUAAGGUUGGUGAAAAGUGUCGCCACAUAUCAAUUGAUCCUUCAUUAAUUGUUUUGUUUAAAGGAAAGAAGUUGCGAACCAUGUUACACUUUCCAAAUUAUGAGAGAAAUCAAAAUAUGAAUGACGAAAUUUGGGAUUUUAUCAUUUCAAAUUAUAGAUGCUUGCGUGUAUUGGAAUUGAAUGGUUUAGAUUUUAAGAUGAUUCCACGCUCCAUUUGUAAGUUGAAACAUUUGAGGUACCUUGAUCUUUCUGGGAAUUUUAAUAUUAAGAUCCUCCCAAAGAGCAUUUGCAAGAUACAAAAUUUGCAAGCUUUGAAACUUAACUUAUGUUGGGAGCUUGAAGAAUUGCCGAAGAAGAUUGAAAAAUUGGUGAAUCUUACCCAUCUUGGGUGUGAAGAUUGUAGUGGCUUAACUCAUAUGCCACGUGGAAUAGGGAAGCUGACUUCCCUUGAGACGUUAAGCAAGUUUGUAGUGGACAAAGAUGGCUCACGUGACGGUGCAGAUCUAAGUGAAUUGAGUGGGCUUAACAACUUAACGGGACGGCUAGAGAUAACAAAUUUGGGAUUCGUAAAAAAUGCAAAAGAGAAGUUUAAAGCUGCUAAUUUGAAAGAGAAGCAACAUUUGAGAUUGUUGGUCUUAGUAUGGAAUGAUUAUGGUGACGACGACGACGACAGCGGUAAUGAUGAUGAUGAUGAUGACAAGUCACUUGAAGACCUCCGGCCCCAUCCCAAUCUCAAGGAGCUCUUUAUUGGAGGAUGGAGGAGUGAUGCCAAGUUUCCAAGUUGGCUUUCUUUGCUCACAAACCUCGUCGUGAUUAGAAUAUGGGGUCCUAGUAAUUUCAAACAAAUCCCGUCCUUUGCGCAAUUGCCUUGUCUUCAAAAGCUGUCAAUUGUUGAUUUAACUCUGCUGGAGUACAUGGACGAUAAUAGCCCAAAAGGAAGUCAAGGAGAACCAGAAUCAUUCUUCCCAUCGCUUAAGUCUCUUUGCCUCGAGAAUUGCCCAAAUAUGAAGAGUUGGUGGAGGAAAAGCUCGAUUGAUGAUGAUAACGAGGAUGACACAACUGUUAUAGGAACAUCAACCAUGGCAUUUCCUUGUCUUUCCUCUUUAGAAAUUGUAAAUUGCCCUUUGACUUCAAUGCCGUUGUAUCCUUCACUCGAUGAUGAUCUAAGGUUGGUGAAGACCAGUUCAAGGCCUUUAAAGCAGACCAUGAAGAUGAACAUCACUAGUACGACCCCAUCAAGUUCCACUUCUUCUCUUCCUCUCUCCAAAUUGAAAUCUUUCCAUGUACACAAAAUUGAGGGAUUGGACACUCACAUGCUAGAUGAGUACUUGAAACAUUUCACCGGCCUCAAAAAAUUAACAAUAGGAGAUUGCAAGGAGGUUGAUUUAGAGGGCAUGCAAUGGGAAGCCCUUAAGAAUCUCUCUCAUUUGGGGAUUAUUAAUAUUCCACAACUGGUGUCUCUCCCCCUUUGGCUUCAACAUCUUGUUCAAUUGAAAAGAUUAGAAAUUUGGAAUUGCAGCGGAUUGAGGUCACUCUUUCCUGUGUUCCAACAUCUCACUUUCCUUGAAGAUCUUUUAGUAAGCAAGUGCAAGGAGCUGGAGCUAUCAGCAGCUGGCUUACAAAUAUUCCAAGAUCAGACAAGACUACGCUCCUUAGCACUGGAAAAUAUUUCAAAGUGUCGGCAUCUUCCGGAGUGGAUUCAACAUCUAACAAAUCUGCAAAUUCUUUCUCUUGUUGAUUGGCCCAAUUUAACGUCGCUUCCGGAUGAGAUGCGCUGCCUAACCAAUUUGCAACAGUUAAAUAUACACGAGGUUCCUCAGUUGGAAGAAAGGUGUCAGAAGGACAUUGGUGCCGAUUGGUAUAAGAUUGCUCACAUACCUUCAGUAACCCAUUGGCCUGCUGUUGGAUAUAUCUGAAAAGCAUUUGACAACUUUAAGAAAUUAGAUGCAGAAAAAGAGGUGGUAACUACUUAAAUGGUUUACAUUUUUAAAUCAUAAAAUCUCACAAUUUCAGAUGAUCUAAUAUAACCCCCUAACUAAGCUUCUUCUUUUUCAGCAUGUGUUCAAUUGAAGAGCCAAAAAACAGGACAUGCGUUCUUCAUCAGCUGACCUGUCCAUGGCAUUGUACUCCCAUGAAAUCCUCCUCUCCAUGCACACGUGUUCUUUCUUUUCUUCGUUGAAGAGUCCCUCUGAUGAUCUAAUCCUAAUUUCUGCUAGAUUUUGGCUCUCUUUUUCGGCAGAGCACAGCAUAUAUUACAAGAAGCAGAGGCCAUACUUUCAACUACGAUUUUUUCGUCUGCCAAAAAUAUUCCAACUCAAGAAAAAUGGUAAUAUAUGGUUCCCAUGCCAUUGACAGAUUCUUGGUGUCGUGUUGGAGAGAGCUUAAACACGCAAUGUGGUUGUCAUGUUAAAUCAUGGAAGGAUCUUGCUUCAGAGUAUUUGGUGGUGAGGAUGAGGUUGAUGCUCUAUGUUUGGGAAUGGGAGUUUGUUACUAUUACAGAUUACGAUGCCCUAUGUUUGGCCCUUUGUUGAACUUGAACUGAAAAGGCAUAGAAAAUGGCCAUUAUUGCACAUAAAUAAAGUUCUGUUUAGCAACAGUUCAUUGUUGCUUUUGGAAGGUCUCGUUGUUGAAGCAUGAUAAUUGUCAGAGAUAUUGCAUUUGGAAAUUUAUUAUUCCACUUUACACGGAACUUAUGAAGAGUUUGACCAAUCCUAGAGCAUAUAUAUAGAUGAUUUAUUUUAUGGAUGAUGUGUGAAUUUAAAGAAGCACAUAUCUUCAUAAUAGGAGCUAUUGUUGAGUGACAUUGUUAUACACCAUCCGAGUGUUUAUUUUCACUUGCAUAGUUAAAAAGAAUUGGAAGAGAAAUUACUUAACUAUACAAAGGUGAGGUUGUAUCAAGUGUUUGAGGGGUAAAGCUAAAUCACUCCUUUGUAGUAUGAAGUUCAUAAUAUAUUUAUCUCUAGGCAAGGCCUCGCAGAUGUGGUACGACUUCUGAUCUAUAUAAACAUCUUGAUUAUAUUUUUAUUU